CCACCACCACCACCACCAUCUACUCUACAUCCGCCACCGCCACAUCUGCCCCUAAAUCUUUAUUCUCCUGCCUUGUCGUUCGCUAUCUCCUCUUCCUCUUCUCUGCCUAGCGCCUCGCCCGCCUCCUAAACGCCUUCCCGACUUUGCCGGCGCCGCUCUCUUUAUUAAUAGUCUUCAUCUGUUCUCCAUCCUGCCUUGUUGCUCUUGUUCUUUCUGCUCUACUCUAGUAUCUUCUGUAUGAAGCUGCUUCUCUAAUCUCUAUCAUAUGAGAAUACAACAUCACAGGCCAAUGCGUCCCUACAGACUCACCAUACCCGGUCCCUCUGUGGCUGCCCACACCUUCUUUUCCCUCCUCCUCCUCUCUCUCUUUUCUUUUUCUCGCCCUGUUAUCAAUCAAACUCUCUCUCCCUCUCUCUCUCCCUCUCUCUCUCUCUCUCUCUCUCUCUUUUUCUCCCGCCGCGAGUCAACGCACGCACGCACGGCAUGGCUCGGGCGCUCGAGUAGUUGUAGUCG